AUGACCAAGGCACGUUACGCGGAGCUCGUAGCUCCUGAGGCUCCAGCACCAACAGCAAUGGCCAAGAUAGACUCCCGGCGUCUCUUCGCCCGUCAGGAAGAUGAAGACCUCUGUGGUCUAUACACCCAGAGUGAAAAAAGUAUUGCCCUCCUCGCAGUGGCAAGCCCCAAAGAUACUCGAUGCGAGACCACUGGCGCGUUCUUUGGCUGCAGCAAAUCCGUAUAUACAACAUGCUACGCCACGACCGACAAGCUGCCAGCCACGAGGGAUGAGCGAGGCGCAUACUGCACUGGUUCCGUGUAUUCCCACUGCUGGACAGGAAUCAAAGAGAUCCAUGGCGAAGAUAUCACGGCGUACAGAUGCGACAGUACAGCCGUCCGCGACCCUAUUUCCGUAAUGAUGACCAUCGAGAGCAAAGUGACCCAGACCAAGACGAACGACGAUGGAUCACCAACAGUCAUCAUGACAACACUCCCGCCUGUGACGGCUACAGUCAGCGUGACGGGGCAGCCCGCCAGCGGAAAUUCCGAUGGAGGUUCCGAGACACCAGAUGGCGCCAUCGUCGGGGGCGUGGUCGGAGGUGUAGCAUUGAUCGCUCUUAUAGCAUUCGGGCUCUGGUUUAUUCGCUUCCAGAAGCGCAAAGCUGCCGCGGAGAGUGCCAAAUACAACGCUCAGUCGCCUUUCGGUCAUCCCUCGAUGAUGCAGCAGGCCAUGUACGAGCAUCCCUAUGCAGGGAACCAAGGAAAUCCGACACUCACAUACCACCAACUCCCCGCAGACAACUCUGAUCGGCCAAAGCCCAAGACUCCACCGCCUGUUGAGCUGCCUAACAACUCGGGACGACAUUGA